CUAGCGCACGUUAGCAAUUUUUAUACACUCGAACGAAGACGCGGGUGAACAAGAACUCGUAACGCGCGUUAAAUUUGAGUUCUGUAGAGAAGUUGCUACUAGGAAUCCACGCAGUAGUAGGCAAUCAUGACUCUUGGCAAGAGUUCAAAACUGCAGCAGCAUUUGAACUACCGAAUGCGCAUUACGCUACAGGAUGGGCGGAUUUUUAUUGGAACUCUUAUGGCAUUUGACAAACAUAUGAACUUGGUAUUGGGUGAUUGCGAAGAAUUUCGACGUAUAAGAACGAAAACGGGAAAAGCUCCAGACCGUGAAGAGAAAAGAACGCUUGGCUUCGUAUUGCUUCGUGGCGAACAGAUAGUAGCGAUGACGGUGGAGGGACCGCCACCAACUAAGGAUCGUUUUGCUAAAGGCGCAGCAGCUGGAGCUGCUCCUGGUCCGGGUGUUGGUCGUGCUGCUGGACGAGGAGUGCCUAUUGCUGCAAUGACAGUGGCUCCUGCUGGUCUAGCUGGUCCAGUCAGAGGAGUUGGAGGACCUGCUGCUCAAGCUAUGGCACCGCAGAUUAGAGGAGCAACAGCAACGGGAGCUCCUCAAGCAUAUCAGCAAAGACCGCCAACUGGUAUUCCUCCUCCUGGACCACCACCUGCAAGACCAGGUAUUUAUUGAGUUUUGGUGCAGUUG